AUGCGCAGCAGAGGGGAAGCUUGUUUUUUGCGGCCAUGGUUUUGUUGGCGGUGUUCCCGGAAAUGUGUUCUGGUGGAAUUCGACAACAUCGCGACACUAAAGCAAAGUUCAACAAGGAAGCGGAUCUCGAAAGACCAGACAUUAACUUUAAAGCAGACGAUGGACGAGAACUCGAACCGAGUGAAGCUUUCAACGAAGAGUCUUACAACGCCUUGACACAGGAAUACGAUGCGUUGUACGAUUUUAUUGGCGGUUUGGUGCUUGUCGCUGGCUCGGAUGAACUGGAAGGUUUCAUUUUGGCGUGUCACAAAAAUAACUCGUCGGAUUGUGGUUUCAUCAUGGACAAUAACGAAGAUUGGGUCUCCAAAGCCGGGGAUGGGAUA